UUUAAAUUGUGAUCAUUUUCACAGCCUCUGUGUUUCAGUGCAGUGCGGUUUGUACAAUGUCAGCCAGCGGAGCAGAAACUAGCACCCAGCUACCCCCUCCUGCUGCAAGGGUAUUUUUCCAAGCAGCCCCCACUGGAGGCCGUGUGGGAACCGGACCAGCAACCAAGGAUGAUUCGGUCCAGAAAAAAAACGGAAAAGUGACGGUGAAAUACGACAGAAAGGAGCUGAGAAAACGGUUGAUCUUAGAGGAGUGGAUCAUUGAGCAGCUGAGCGAGUUAUACGAUUGCGAGGAUGAAGAAAUGCCAGAAGUAGAAAUAGACAUUGAUGAUAUUCUGGAUGCAACCAGUGAAGAUGAGAGGGCUAUUAAACUACAGACUCCUGCAACAAGAAAAACAGGAAUCGCUGGUAGACUGUUACAAACCAACAGAGGAAUUCAUCAAAGAGCUGUUGUCACGGAUAAGAGGGAUGAGAAAAUUAAGUGCUCCUCAGAAAAAGGGUUUAUAAUGGACAACAUUCAUUCAUCCAGCAGCCAUAAUUAAACUAAGCACAGAACAGACUGACAUACAAUCUUUUAAGAAUUUUUUUUUUUUUUUUUUUUUUUUUUUUUUUU